UGCCUAAGGGGGCGUUUUAAAUUUUCUCGAGCACUCAUUUUCAUUUCCUCUGCUUAUCAAAUCAAACUAUAACUCCAAGCUAGAAUCCCAGUGCCGGGGAGAAAUGCCUUCACCAGGAGUCUCAUAGACGCUUCUAUCCACCUCCAAACAUGGCAGAUGCCAUACAGGCUGCCUGCGAAAGUCUUAACUCCAUCGUGGAGUACCUGGCUACCAUGCGCGUCUGCGAGAUUCGACAGUACCUGGAAUUUCUCGGCGUUCAGCAUGUGGAAGUGAUAGGUUGCGUCAUCUUAUUUGUGUUGAUGCAAUUUACAAAGUUUACGAUUGUAUUACUACUGGCCAUUUUACUCGCAUAUGGAAUAUUCUAUCUGUGGGAUACAUUCUUCCCGGAGUUGAGCCAAUUCGGCAAAAGGAGCCUUAAGGCAUUCAAAAAUGCUCGCACAACUGCUGACCUUCCUCCGUUCAACUUUGAUACGAGCACCGAAGCAGCUCCGGGAGAGCACGUCAUUUUCCCAAAAAAGGUAUUGUCCAAUGCAUUCCCUCCGAGUAGCAAACAAAUGCUGCUCCCUUUGCUGUCUAAUUCCAUUGGAAAAAACCUGCAAACUAUCAGCCAACAGACUGAUCGCAUUGUUGUAUCUAAAAAGAAGGAUCGAACCCAAAAAGAUGAUAUAAAUCGACGUAAGUCUCAACUAUAUGGUGCCCAAGAACCACGAGUUCAAUAUGGUCAAAAUCAAAAAGAAUACCGGAGGUCACCUGCUGCCAGGGACUCCUAUGACACUCGAAAGUAUCGUCAGGACCGAUCCGAGCGAUCAGACAGGCAGCAGCGUUCUUACUUGAGUUCGGAAAGAGAUCGCGAUCGAGUCUUAUCACAAGCUGGUCGAAGGACAUCCCAAAUAGCCACUGGGAGUGGCGGAGGUGGUGAUCCAAAGCGAGGAUCUCAUACCAUGAGAGUUCCGACUGUUGCCAACGGACUCGUGAAUCUUACCAAACUGCCCACGGUCACCAGUGACACUCUGAGGCGGCUACCUAAUGUGACCAGCGGAGAGUCCCGACGGACCACAAAAUCCAAAGAGGAUUCUCGCAGAUUGCCGGUCGUGACAAGCGGAGAAAUGAGUGAAAUGAGACGAGUACCUAAAGUAACUUCUAACGAGUCCCGAUGGUUCACCCCUGGGGAGCAGAGGGACUCCCGCAGAAGUUCUUAUCCUCAGGGUGGUGGCGGCGAAUCACGACGAACUUCUCAUGGCGGUGGCGGCGAAUCAAGGCAACGCCGUUACGCAGAGCGGUCCCAUCCAAAUCAAGACCGUCUCCAGGAGGAACGUUUCGAAGAACAUAAAAAGCAGAAGGAACAAGAGCAACGACCACGGCAGCACCGACAAUCGUUAAAGCCCGACGAGGGUCGGCACUCUAGGCAGCGACGUAUCAGCAAUAGCCGAUCCGGGAUUACCAGUCGCCAGUUUCCGGAAGAACACUUGGAGCGGCUCAAGAAGGAAAAUCGAGAGUUUCAGGCCCGCACCUUGCACGCCAGCAACCCUGGACAUCCUUUUCACCGCAGCAACCCAACUCCCGAGAGAUAUUUGCAUCAAAACGGGGCUUUAAGUAACCCCACUUCCGAGAGAGCUCUGCCAUUGAAACAGGAACACCUAAUGCCGGGUUAUCAUCAUAGUGAUCGACGCGAAUCCCAAAGGAAUACCACGUCGAAACUCGAGAGAGACAGGGACAGAGCCCAUCGAAAACCUUCCGCCCGGAAUUAGUAGUUCAAGAACCCAUCAUAAAAAGCACAAUGUAAUCAUUUCGAAAUCAACAGAAAUGUCUGACAGCUAUUUUUCAUGUUUCAAAGCCCAUCCAUGGUGAACACUGAGAUGAAGACCAAUAUAAAAUUCCAAAAGUAUCCAUAUGUUGUUGAGUACGGGGACACUGACAGCAAUGCUACAGCACAUUCCAGCAAUCGAAAGGAAAUGAAAAAAAAAUCCCCACCUGAUUCAGGAAAUAAAAUUGACAUUUCAAAAAAAGAUAAAGAAAAGGAGAAAUGUAAAAGCAAGAAUUUUAAAUGCAUAGAAGAUUCACAGCACCAAAAUAACAAUCCAAAGGAGUACCCCAAUGUUGUGGAAAUUCCCAAGCAAAGUAAAACAAACAUGCAAGCUACAAAAAAGUAAUGAAAAGCUUGCCGAGCUAAACAAAAAAUGGGAAAAGGUAAAUUUACUUCAUUUGGAACCUCUUCGGAUUUAAGAAAGAAAAAAAGUAGCAGAUGAACUCUUUUACAUGUAAAUUCAUUGUGUACUCGUUUUUAACUCAUUCAAUAAACCCAUGAAGGAACUUAA